AUGCUACUUGAAGAGCAAGAAGGGCGCUGCCCCAUCUCGAACGUCAAGGCCGGCCUGUACGGAGUCAACUCGUUGCCGCCCACAGCGUUCAACUUCAUCGUGGGCGCCCAGUGGAUUGACCAAGGGACGCUGACUGCCGUGCACACUCAAGUGGAAUCGUUUGUCGCGACCAACAUGGCCAACAACUUCUCCCACGCGUCUGGCCCCGUUGCUAGCAACACCCUUGAAAUGGCACUUAGCUUGACGGUCUACAUCAACGUGACGUCCGCAGGCGAGUGCGCCGACAUGACGGCCACGUACAAGAACAGUUUCUUCACUUACUGGCCGACCAAACUGUACUGCAUCAUCCACAUUCACACUGCCGCGACAACGCUGCAAAUGAUCACAGCGACCGGGCAAGCCAUCACGUUCCCGCAAGACUCGGACCCGGCAUACCUCAGUGCGGCUCUCGCCAACGUCGCCACCAACGCCGAUUGCGUCCAGGCUUGCAAAGCUAAAGGCAACUGCGCUGGUGUCGAGUACGCCAGUGCGGCGAAAACGUGCAAGCUCUACCAGCCCCAACCCGCGAGGUUCUCGGACGUUGUCGCGGGAUGGGUAUGA